UAAAUUAAUUCGGAACAUAUUUAUAUUAACUUCAACCGAGUAUCUCUCAUGAGCAUCUCGUGAAACUUUCAAAUAUUUUGCAAUGUUUAUUAUUGAAAUUUGCGAUUAAAACGAGUUCAAACUCUUUAUUUCUGCUGAAAACUUCAUAAAAAUCUUUAUAUUGGAGAAAGAAGAAUGUCGUUAUUUGUUAGUAACCUUCAUCCUGACUGCACAGAAUCUACAUUAUAUAAAAAAUUUCGAUCAGCUGGCAAAAUACUUAACAUUCACAUUGCCAGAAAUAAAGAAUCAAAACGGUCCUUGGGCUUUGGCUACAUAAACUUUGCUGAUAAAAAUGAUGCUGAAUAUGUCCUGAAUUCGAUGAAUUAUGAACCUGUUGGAGGACAACCUAUACGCAUUAUGUGGGUAAGACCCGAUAUUAAAACAUUCAAUCCGUCUGCCAACAUAUUUGUAAGAAAUCUUCAUUCAUCUAUAGAUGAACCAGCUUUACGUGACAUAUUUUCCUCGUACGGCACUAUCUUAUCUCUGAAAGUAGACUGCUGCAAAAACGGAAUGUCUAAAGGCCUGGGUUAUGUGCAGUUUGAAAAUGAAGAUUCAGCUGAUGCUGCCAUAGAAGGAGUGAACAACCAUCUAAUAAAAGGACUGAAAGUGGGUGUUUGCAAGUUUGAAUCGAUUCACAAAAGACAUGACUCGUUUACAAAUAUUUAUCUGAAACCUCUACAACCUGAAAUUGACGACAUACAUCUCAUCGAGCUGUGCAGCAAGUAUGGAAACAUUUUAAGCGCCAGAGUUAUGAAAAAUGACGACGGGAAAUCUAAAGGUUUUGGAUUUGUUAGUUUUGAGAAAACGGAAGAAGCUAAAACAGCAGUGGAACAACUUAAUGGUACUCAACUUUAUGGUAAAGUGUUGUACGUUGGUAGGGCGAUGAAAAAGAGUGAAAGACAAGCUUUUAUGUGGAACAAAUUCAAGGAAAAAUUAAAAAAUAGUGAAAUUGUAAAUUUCUAAAUUGCGAAGAAUAUUAUGAAAACUAUUAGUAUCUAAGAAAAAUUAUUGAAAGUAUUGUAUAAUUAUGUUAUUGUAUAGUAGAAUUGUAAUUAGAUGUAGAAAUUUUAACCUGAUUUUAAGUAACCAGAAAUAUUAUAAAAAGAUUAUUAUAAUCCUUGCACUUGGUACGAGACCUUGGCUCACCUAAUUGUGAAAAUUUCACUAGCACCAAAAUGACGCAUUAUCAUUAUAUAAUAUCUUCAAAAUUAAAAGUUUUGAUUUUUCUUCAUAGAAAAUAAGGUUUAAUUAAGAAACUAUUAUGUUAUCAUAAUCACAUUAAAGAAAUAUUGGAUUAUUGGAACCAAUGUAUUUCGCAAAAUACCGUGUAUGCCUUUAUACCAGAUUUACAUCAAAAUGUUAAAAAUACCAAAUUGGCUAGCGGAGGGCUGAGGUACUUUAUUUAUAACAUAAAAG